AUGAGCGAAUAUGCUACUUUGGUUAAAGGUUUAGAUGCACAAGGUAUUCUAGCUGCUUUUCCAGAGGUUAUACCGCUUCAAAAACGCCCAAACACGGCUUCUAGCGAAGGCAGUGGAAACGACAACGGCGACCUUGUGUUCGACGGUCAUGACGAAGAGCAGAUCCGUCUCAUGAACGAAAACUGCAUUGUUUUGGACUGGGAUGACAACGCAGUGGGUGCCGGCACCAAGAAGCUCUGCCAUCUCAUGAGCAACAUUGACCAGGGUCUUCUGCACCGUGCGUUUUCAGUAUUCUUGUUCGACCCAGAGGGGAAACUUCUGCUGCAGCAAAGGGCCUCUGAAAAAAUCACUUUCCCAGACCUGUGGACUAAUACGUGUUGCUCUCAUCCACUGUGUGUGGACGACGAGCUUGGCCUCGCAGGCUCGUUGGAGGCCAAGGUAGGUGGUGCAAGGACUGCCGCUGCCAGAAAACUUGACCAUGAGCUGGGAAUCCCCGUGGAACAAACUCAGAGCAAGUGCAAAUUCCAUUUUUUGAAUAGAAUACAUUACAAGGCUCCCAGCAACGGCCCUUGGGGCGAACAUGAAAUAGACUACAUUUUCUUUUGCAAGGUCCAGCCUGGUCAAACGCUCACUGUGAACCCAAGCCCAAAUGAGGUCCGCGACGUCAAGUGGGUUACAGCUGCAGAGCUGAAAGCAAUGUUCCAAGAUCCUACUUGCCGGUUCACACCAUGGUUCAAGCUCAUCUGCGAAAGUUAUCUGUUCGAAUGGUGGAAUCAAUUGGCCGACUUAUCAAGCGCUGAAAACGAUACCAAAAUUCAUCGGAUGUUGUAA